UACCAAGGACAACAACCCCCCUUCAAAAUCAUUGCAUUAAGCAUUAACAUAGGAUUCUUCGGAAUUUAAUCUGAAAUUCUGCAGAAAUUCUCCUUGUUUUUCGCCUUAGAUCUCUCACUCUCGCUCAUAUCCACACAACUCAUGAUAUUCUGUGUUGACGAGUUCCUAGUUCUUGCGUCUUCUUAGCAAGUUAGGCGGGUAAGGGAUUUGAUCAAUCGUUGAAUUCAGGAACUUAGAUAAUGAAGGCAACUCUGCAGCCGCAGUCUUUGGAAGUUACUAUCAAAGUUGAAAGAGACAAAAAUGUCGGUGAAUCUUCAACCACCGUUGAUCACGUGAAUAAUGCUGAAGGAGAACGCAAUGCAUCAAAUCCUUCCAUUCCCCUGGGGACCCCGACUACAUUUCCUGACGACAUAGUGGACUUGUGUUCUGAUGAAGAUGUCGAAAAUCACGACACAGACACUGAAGGAAAUAAAACAUCUGAAAAUUCUCAGUAUCAGUUGGUGCUAUAUGUUCCAUCUGUCAAUGAAGCCGGUAACGGCAAAGAUGCGCCAGGUGGUCCGGGUCCCAUUAGUUGUCUGUCUCCUCCGAAGAAACCACACCCAUUUUCUGACCGGACCCCGAGGGUUUUGCCAUCGGUAGGGCUCUUCGCUGUUCAGUGUGCCAGCUGUUUCAAAUGGAGGCUCGUUCCAACAAAAGAAAAGUACGAGGAAAUACGGGAGCAUCUUUCAGCGCGCCCCUUCUUCUGUGACACAGCUCGUGAAUGGUGUCCAGACGUCUCGUGUGAUGAUCAUCCGGAUAUAACACAAGAUGGCAGUAGAAUAUGGGCAAUCGACAAGCCUAACAUACCUCAACCCCCUACUGGUUGGAAAAGGCUUUUGCGAAUCAGAGGUGAAGGAAGCGUCAGGUUUGCUGAUGUGUACUAUGUUGCACCCUCGGGUAAGAGUUUACGUUCUAUGUUGGAUAUUCAAAGGUACCUAGAUAAACAUCCAGAGUACAUGACUGAAGAGGUCAGCCUAUCAAGGUUUUCCUUCCUAAUCCCGAAACCAAUACAAAAAAACUAUGUGAGGAAGCGACCUGUCCGUCCUGCUUUUCAUAACGAUGCAGGUGAUCCUGGAACACAACAAUAUCUUCCACCAUCAGAAGGUGUUCGUCAACCUGCACGCAUAACUUGGGUGAGUACGGAUGGGGACACGGACUUACAGCCGAGCAGCCCAGCACUUGCUUACAAUUACCAUUUGGAGGCACCGCCUUCAAAUCCCAAAAGCAGUCGACCUGCAAAGAGGCCGAGAACACCAUCCCAGAGGAGGUAUGCUGAUGAUUUAGUACCUAACCGCAAUGAUGCCAGUGUGGAAGAGCCUCUUCACCUCUGAUUUCGUAGUUUUUUUAUGAUCGAAAACUAGCUGAUCCUGAUUUUUGCUAGCUCGUGGGUUUCGAUAUAUAGUCUAUUUUGAAUGAUAUACAAGGUCUGAUCAAAGUGCAAGAAAAGCCUAAUAUUUGUGCUAUUUUGAAUGCAUACACAAGGUCUGAUCAAAGUGCAAGAAAAGCUAUGUUUUGACUACUAUUCUGCACUUGAUGUUGUAGUCAACUUUUUUGUUGAGUAUAAUGCUGAAAUUGAAUAGAAUGUGAUAUUGGUAUCAA